CGUAUGGUCAAGCUGCCCGAAAUCUGAUCGGGCAGGUCCAAACUCCAAGAAGACUCCAACACUUAGAUUAUUAUCUAUCACCCUCAGAGUCGAACCAGACACACUUCCACGUCACCACCGUGGGAGGCGGCGCGUGGGGCGGUUUCCGGCCACCUCUCUCCGCGCGAAGUGGUGAUCGAGGAAAUGGGUCAGAGGCUGAGUUGCGUACAGCAGCAUGAGGACCAUGGUUUGUUCCCUGCACUUGCUAGCGGAGAAUUGGAGGUUGUUGAGACCAUGGUGGAAGAAGACCCCACUGUGCUGGAACUCACCACUGGCCAUGACAGGCUCUCGCCGCUGCAUGUAGCUGCUGCCAAUGGUCGGAUCCAGGUUCUUUCCAUGUUGUUGGACAGGUCUUCCAAUGUUGACAUAUUGAAUCGCCUGAAGCAGACCCCGUUGAUGUUGGCUGUGAUGCAUGGAAAGACUGGUUGUGUUGAGAAGCUUAUCCAUGCCGGAGCAAAUAUAUUGAUGUUUGAUUCUAUACGUCGGAGAACUUGCUUGCACUAUGCUGCUUAUUAUGGUCAUAUUGAUUGCCUUAAGGCUAUUCUUUCUGCUGCUCAUUCCACACCUGUUGCAGAUUCUUGGGGAUUCGCAAGAUUCGUCAACAUAAGAGACGGAAAUGGUGCUACCCCUCUGCAUCUUGCAGCUCGCCACAGACGGUCUGAAUGUCUUCAUGCCCUUCUUGACAAUGGUGCUCUUGUUUGUGCUUCAACCGGUGGAUAUGGUUACCCUGGAAGCACACCACUGCAUAUGGCUGCCCGUGGUGGUUCUUUGGACUGUGUUCGGAUGUUGCUUGCUUAUGGAGCAGAUAGACUUCAAUUAGAUUCUUCUGGGAAAAUACCAUUUUCUGUAGCCCUGAAGCACAAGCAUAAGGCAUGUGCUGCCCUGCUGGAUCCUUCAUCAGCUGCACCACUUGUUUGGCCAUCACCAUUAAAGUUCAUCAGUGAGCUCAGUCAAGAAGCAAAGGCCUUACUGGAGAAAGCCUUGCUUGAAGCUAACAGGGAGAGGGAAAAGGCCAUACUUAAGGAGGUUCACAUGCCCCCAUCCCCACUGCAUUCUGAGAGUGAAGACAGUAAUAUGGCCUCUGAGGCCGAUGAUAUGGAGUUAUGUUGCAUAUGCUUUGAUCAAGUGUGCACAAUCGAGGUCAGACCCUGUGGCCAUCAAAUGUGUGCUCAUUGCACCCUAGCACUAUGCUGUCACAAGAAGCCUGAUCCUGCUACUAACUCCCUUUCUGGACCAGCUUGUCCAUUUUGCCGUGGUGCCAUUAUUCAAUUACUUGUUGCUAAGAUUAACAAGAGCUGUGAUACGGAAGUGGAAUCCAGCCCUAUGAAGCCAAGGAGAUCCAGAAAAUCAAAUUUCAGUGAAGGAAGCAGCAGCUUCAAGAGCUUGUCGGCCUCAUUUGGAAGGAUUGCUGGCCGCAAUUCAGGGAAAAUUACAGAUGAAAAACAAUGGGAGGUUUCUUGAGGCGUGAUGAUUGUCGGUCGUUAUUUUGAUUGCAAGCAGGCAGGAAAUUGAUGUGAGUGCUGUGGAAUGGCAGCCUAUAUUGGGUUCUUGUAUUCAUUUUGUUUCAAUUGUCCAAAGAUCACUGAGAUCAUUAGUGACAAUAGUUUGUAAUCUGUUUGAGUUUUGAUUUCUGAGAUCUGAUUCUUGGAGAUGGAGGACAGAACGGUUGUGUAUUGUUUCCCCCAAAUAUGAAAUAUAGUAUGCAAGAGUUAAAGGUGAGUUUC